AUGCAUACAGCAGCUGGAUCUUUCAUGCCUAACCAAUACAAUCAACAAGAAACACACUUUUUUAGUCGACGCGGCCAGUAUCAACCUCCUUCGCCCCCAAUGGAGGAACAAAAGUGCUCUCUACCCUCAAUCUCGAACCUCUUGGGUUUGGCCGAUGCUGGCUCACCCACGAGUGAGUCCUCGCCAACUUCACGGCAACAUUCUCCUCGCUUUGAAGUUCCUCCACCUUCACACGGCCACAGCCGAGCUGGAUCUGAAUGGGCUAAGUCAUCGCACCGUGGGCUUCCUCCUACACCACCUAUGAGCACAGAUGCAUCUUUCGAAGGCUACAGCUCCCCCACAAGGAAAUCAUCCAACCAGGCGUAUUCAAGCUCAGCACCAAGACCAUACUACUACGAGACCACACCACCUCUAGAAGCCGAUGCACAGCGUCAGGCAUCAGUAACAGCUAUUCCUCGAGCAACACCUCCAGCAACGGCCCCUUACCCUCAGCAAGCUCACCCCACGGUUUACGCCAACCCAGCACCAGUGGGCGCUUAUUACCAGACGGCACCGGUGCCUCCUGCUGUCCAGCCUCAAGAGAUGAACCCUUACUACCAGCGCCCUCUCCCACAAGCUUAUCCCCCACCAGUGAGCAUGCCGGCACCUGCUCCCUCGGGAGCCAACCCGUGGCAGCACCAUCACUACCUUAACCCAACUGGAGCGGCUGCAUUUCCGCAAAGCCAGGAUCGGUAUAUUUGCCCGACUUGCAACAAAGCCUUUAGCAGGCCCAGCAGUCUCCGAAUCCACAGUCACUCACAUACCGGAGAGAAGCCCUUCAAAUGUCCCCAUGCCGGAUGUGGCAAGGCUUUCAGCGUACGCAGCAACAUGAAACGUCAUGAGAGGGGCUGUCAUAGCUUCGAAUUUAAUGGAUCUGUGAUUCGGGGUUGA